AGAGACAGAGUGACACAGACAGAAGGAGGUAUACAGAUACAAAGGGAGGAAGAGAGAGACUGAGAAGAAAAGAGCGAUAGAACAAGACAGCGAGAGAGUGAGAGAGAGAGCGAGAGACACAGAGAGACACAGAGAGAAGCAAGUCUGAAUUCUAGACUACAGACAACCAGUGAGGGGACCAGGAGGUGUAACAAGGAGACAGUUGUACCCCGUCAACAGAGCUCUGAUUAGCAGGCUGGGUCACCCUCUACGGAGGAGACUGGAAGUCAGUGGAGGGGAACCAGAUAGGCCAGUGGUGCCGGUUAUGUCAGGGCACCAUGGAGGCUCACAGAGACAGACUCCAGAGUGUGUGUCCCCGAAGGUGUUGUCUCACUCCAUCGAGCGGAUCCUGAGGARAGCACCGUGUCUGGAUGGGGAGGAGAGGGGGGGCGGAGGAGAGGAGGAGAGAGGGAGCAUGGCGGGAGAGACGGGGUCUGUGUGUGUGAAGACCACCGCUGAGCAACAGCCUAAAGUCAACAGAUGCCCAGUGUCGCAGAGCGGYAGUCGGCGGGUACGAACCACAUUCACCUCGGUCCARCUAGAGRUGCUAGAGAGGUUCUUCCAGGAGAGCCAAUACCCUGACAUACAUUCCAGAGAACUACUGGCCUCCCAAACACAGCUGUCAGAGGCACGAGUGAUGGUGCUGUAG